UAAAUACGUUGAAGGAUAAUGAAUGCAGGUAGUAUGAUGAUGAAUGGUUGGACCGGUGGUAGUUUGACGGUUCAGUAUGCUGGAGACUUCGUUCAGCUUCCUUUAUAAGUCAUUUCGUUUCACAUUUGUUCUGCCUGAAAAGAAACACACUUAAGGUGCUGCAUAGAUGGAUUCUGGUCGGUUUCGUUACUACGUCGUUAGGAGAGGACGAAAGCCAGGCAUUUACACCUCUUGGGAAGAAUGCAAUCAACAAGUCUAUGGCUUCAAGGGGAGUCAGUUAAAAGGCUUCAUGGUAAGGCGCGAGGCGGAAGAGUGGCUGAGUUUGCCAAGACAAGACCCAGUUGGUGAGGAUACUGUCCCGGAGCCUGAAGAUUUGGUGUUAAGCUUUGGAGCUAUGUCCAUCGGAGACUCUGGCAGCGUUACCGGAGACGGGAGCAGCGGAUCUGUUGCCGCCGGGACGGACUUGCUGCCUCAGAAGCCAGAUAUGGUGCCGGAGUUUGACCCCAAGGCGUUCGUCAUAAUGGAAGACAUGGAGCAACUUUUGUUACAGGUUUGUGCUCGACUUGAAGUUGGACCGCCAGUGUUUUUCAUGCGUGAUGUCUUCCGCAGCGAAGGAAAGAAAUAUCAUGGGUUUGGGGUUUCUUUGCAAAGCACCGCAAAGGGGAUAAACUUUUUCGUUUCGGGGCGGUUGUCGACGGACGAGGGAUUGGCAAGGCAGGAUGCCGCCUUCAUCACUUUGGAACGACUCCUUGAGGAGGCGGAGGUUCAAAUUUUUGACUUCAAUUUUCAAGUUGUUCUUCGAUACAAGGAGGACCUUGCUGAGGCACACCGCAUAGCAAGGUUGUCAGCCACAGAGCAUGUAAUGAUGCUCGAGAAAGAGAACGCUGAGCUGAAACAAAGGUUGAACCUCUACAAUCAGAUGUUCAUGUAGGCAGGAAGAAUGGGAUUCGUUGUGUCCGGAAGACUGGGAGGCAUCACCUCAGAUUGAAGGGUUAUCUUUGGGGUUUAAGGGAUAAGUUAUGAAGACGUGAUGGAAAGCCCGAUUUCGUAAAUAACGUGCAUCUCUGGGAGGAGGCGUGUUGAAGGGGAUGUGGGUCACAUAGCCAUCUUUUCAUAAAUCUGACGUGGGUCAUUCCUAAAGACCCUACACUGCUGGCGGUCACAUCCAACGACUCAAUUGGUUGAUGUAUUUCCUUUAGGCGGAGUUAUCGCGGAUUCUAAUUAAAAAUCUCAUUGGUUAAAACAAAACAAAGGUUCCGCGGAAGGUUUGUGACGAUGUCGGUCAUUUCGGUUUGAAUUGGAAUUGCGUUUUCCAUUGCAACAGAACUAGAUAGUAGAAAAUAGUCGGUGAAAAGAUAUUUCGAUCAGUAUUUGUCGCAUGUUUUGAACCACCAAAUGGGCAACUACGUUUUGA